CAUGACAUAUGAUUUUUUAAGGAUAGCAACACUAGUACUUAGAGUGACGCGGCUGCGUGUCGAACGAACGAUUUUUCAAUAAAAAUUAAUAAAGUGAGGUGAAUUCGGUAAUUUCAGUGAUUAUCUGCUGAUUUUACAAAUAAAGUCGUCUUGACGCAUCCAUCAUGGAGCAGAUUCCACCGCCGAAGGAGGUGAAGAUCCUCGAAACGGCCGAGGAUAUUCAGGAGCGCCGUGAACAGGUGCUGAACCGCUAUGAGGACUUCAAGCAAGAGGCGCGCGCCAAGCGUGAGCGCCUGGAGGACUCCCGCCGCUUCCAGUACUUCAAGCGGGACGCCGACGAGCUGGAGUCCUGGAUCCAGGAGAAACUGCAGGCGGCCAGCGAUGAGAGCUACAAAGAUCCCACCAAUUUGCAGGCCAAGAUCCAAAAGCACCAAGCCUUCGAAGCGGAAGUGGCUGCCCACUCCAACGCCAUCGUGACCCUGGAUAAUACUGGCACGGAGAUGAUCAACGCUGGCCACUUCGAGUCUGAGACCAUUCGUAGGAGACUGGACGAGUUGCAUCGCCUUUGGGAGCUGCUGUUGUCCCGUCUCGCUGAGAAGGGCAUGAAGCUGCAGCAGGCUUUAGUUCUGGUGCAGUUCUUGAGGCACUGCGAUGAGGUCAUGUUCUGGAUUAGGGACAAGGAAACGUUCGUGUGCGCGGACGAGUUCGGCUCUGACCUGGAGCACGUGGAGGUGCUGCAGCGCAAGUUCGACGAGUUCCAGAAGGACAUGGCUGCGCAGGAGUACCGCGUCACCGAGGUCAACAAGCUGGCCGAGCGGCUCGUGCUCGAGGGGCACCCUGACAGGGAGACCAUUGUGAAGACCAAGGAUGAGCUGAACGAGGCGUGGCAGCGACUCCGUCAGAUGGCUCUGAUGCGUCAGGAACGCUUGUUCGGCGCACACGAGAUACAACGCUUCAACCGCGACGCAGACGAAACUAUAGCUUGGAUCUCUGAGAAGGACGUAGUGCUGGGAUCCGAUGACUUUGGACGGGACCUUGCAACUGUUCAGACUUUACAGCGUAAACACGAGGGCGUUGAGCGCGACCUGGCAGCCCUGGAAGACAAGGUGUCGUGCCUGGACGGCGAGGCGGGCCGGCUGGCCGCCAUCCACGCCGACCACGCGCCCGCCAUACACGCCAAGCGGGACGAGAUCACCGCCGCUUGGCAGAAGCUGGUGCAGAAGGCUAAGGAGCGCCGGUCCGAGUUGGAGUCGUCGUACGCGCUGCACCGGUUCCUGGCGGACUACCGCGACCUGGUGUCCUGGAUCGGGGACAUCCGCGCGCUCAUCGCCGCCGACGAGCUCGCCAAGGACGUGCCCGGCGCCGAGGCUCUGCUGGAGAGGCACCAGGAGCACAAGGGCGAGAUGGACGCGCGCUCCGACGUGAUGGUGUCGUGCGCGGCGGCGGGCGAGGCGCUAGUGGCGCGCGGACACCGCGCCGCGCCGGACGUGGCGGCCGCGCUCGACACGCUGGAGCGCGAGCACGCCGCGCUGCAGCAGCUGUGGGAGCAGCGCCGCGUGCUCUACCUGCAGUGCCUGGACCUGCAGCUGUUCUACAGGGACACGGAGCAGGCCGACGCCUGGAUGCAUAAGCAGGAGGCUUUCCUUGCCAAUGAGGACGUAGGCGACUCCCUGGACUCGGUAGAAGCGCUGCUGAAGAAGCACGAAGACUUUGAGAAGUCACUAGCGGCUCAGGAGGAGAAGAUCAAGGCAUUGGACGAGUUCGCGUCAAAGCUGAUACAGGGACAGCAUUACGCGGCCGACGACGUCGCCCAGCGGAGGGAAAUGUUGCUGGAACGCCGCGCGGCCCUGCAGGAGAAAUCUAAUCAGCGCCGAGCCCUGCUGGAGGACGCCUACAAAUACCAGCAGUUCGAGAGGGACUGUGACGAGACCAAGGGGUGGAUCAACGAGAAACUCAAGUUCGCUACCGACGACUCGUACCUGGACCCCACCAACCUGAACGGCAAGGUGCAGAAGCACCAGAACUUCGAGCAGGAGCUGCAGGCCAACAAGCCGCGCGUGGACGAGGUCACCGCCGCCGGCCACCGGCUGCUGGAGCAGCAGCAUUUUGCUCAGCCGGAGAUAGAGUCGCUGGUGGGCGAGCUGGGCGCGCUGUGGGAGCGGCUGGCGCGCGCGUCGGAGCGCAAGGGCGGCAAGCUGCAGGAGGCGGCGCAGCAGCAGCAGUUCAACCGCGCCGUCGAGGACAUCGAGCUGUGGCUGUCCGAGGUGGAGGGGCAGCUGCUCAGCGAGGACUACGGCAAGGACCUGACCAGCGUACAGAAUUUGCAGAAAAAACAUGCUUUACUGGAAGCUGAUGUGAGCUCCCACGCUGAAAGAAUCGAGGCUGUUCGAACUCAGGCCGAGGCCUUCAUCGAGAGAGGCCACUUCGAUGCUGACAACAUCCGGGCCAAGAGGGAUGCCUUGAUGAACCGCUACGCAGCUCUAGACAAGCCCAUGGCGAUCCGCAAACGUCGCCUGCUGGACUCUCUCCAGGCCCAGCAGCUGUUCCGAGACCUGGACGACGAGGCCGCCUGGAUCCGAGAGAAGGAGCCUAUCAUAGCGUCUACCAAUAGAGGUCGCGACUUAAUCGGCGUCCAGAACCUGAUGAAGAAGCACCAGGCCGUGAUGGGGGAGAUGGCGCAGCACGAGGCGCGCGUGGAGGCCGUGCGGGCCGCCGGCGCCGCGCUGCGGGACGCGGGGCACUUCGCGGCCGACGACAUCGGCGCGCGGCUGCAGCAGCUGGCGCAGCAGUGGCAGCAGCUGCGGGAGAAGGCGCUGCAGCGCAAACAAGAUUUGGAAGACUCCCUCCAAGCCCAACAAUACUUCGCGGACGCCAACGAAGCGGAGUCCUGGAUCCGGGAGAAGGAACCCAUGGCCAACACCCAGGACUACGGGAAGGACGAGGACUCCUCCGAAGCGCUGCUCAAGAAGCACGAAGCGCUUCUAUCGGAUUUGGAAGCGUUCGGGAACACUAUCAAGUCUUUGAGGGAGCAAGCUGAUGCGUGCAGGCAACAAGAAUCCCCUGUUGUGGACGUAUCGGGCAAAGAGUGCGUAGUGGCGUUGUACGACUACGCUGAGAAGUCACCGCGGGAGGUGUCCAUGAAGAAGGGGGAUGUGCUGACUCUACUCAACUCUAAUAAUAAGGACUGGUGGAAGGUGGAGGUGAACGACCGCCAAGGCUUCGUACCAGCCGCUUACGUGAAGAAGAUCGACGCCGGCCUGACCUCCUCGCAGCAGAACCUGGUGGACUCCAGCUCCAUCGCGGCCAGGCAGAACCAGAUCGAGGCCCAGUAUGACCACCUCCUGGGGCUGGCCCGCGAGCGGCAGAACAAGCUGAACGAGACGGUCAAGGCGUACGUGCUGGUCCGCGAGGCAGCCGAGCUGGCCACCUGGAUCAAGGACAAGGAAAUGCACGCGCAAGUCCAAGACGUCGGCGAGGACCUGGAGCAAGUGGAGGUGAUGCAGAAGAAGUUCGACGACUUCCAGAACGACCUGCGAGCGAACGAGGUCCGCCUGGCCGAGAUGAACGAGAUCGCUGUGCAGCUGAUGACGGUCGGGCAGACCGAGGCUGCGUUGAAGAUCAAGACUCAGAUGCAGGAAUUGAACACCAAAUGGACCUCCCUGCAACAGCUGACCGCCGAGCGCGCGGCCCAGCUGGGUAGCGCCCAUGAGGUGCAGCGUUUCCACCGCGACGUCGACGAGACCAAGGACUGGAUCGCGGAGAAGGAGGCGGCCCUGGCCACCGAUGACCUGGGCAAGGAUUUGAGAUCCGUGCAGACUUUGCAACGUAAACACGAGGGUCUCGAGCGCGACUUGGCUGCACUCGGGGACAAGAUCCGUCAACUGGACGAUACCGCCAACCGCCUGAUGACCAGCCACGGAGACUCCGCCGACGCUACAUACAGCAAGCAGCGAGAGAUCAACGAAGCCUGGCAGCAACUGCAAGCCAGGGCCAACGCUCGCAAGGAGAAGCUUCUAGACUCGUACGACCUGCAGAGGUUCCUCUCCGACUACCGCGACCUGAUGGCGUGGAUCAACUCCAUGAUGGCGCUAGUGAGCUCGGACGAGCUCGCCAAUGACGUCACCGGCGCCGAAGCCCUGCUUGAGAGGCACCAGGAGCACCGCACCGAGAUGGACGCCCGAGCUGGUACCUUCCAAGCUCUGGAGCUGUUCGGUCAGCAGCUGCUGCAGGGCGGGCACUACGCCAGCGUCGACAUCCAGGAGAAGCUCAACAGCAUGGGCGACGCCAGGCAGGAGUUGGAGAAGGCGUGGGUGGCUCGUCGCGUCAAGCUGGACCAGAACCUGGAGCUGCAGCUGUUCUACCGCGACUGCGAGCAGGCGGAGGGCUGGAUGCAGGCGCGGGAGGCGUUCCUGUCGCCGCCCGACAGCCAGGCGGACCAGGCGGACGCCGCCAUGCCCGACAACGUGGAGCAGCUCAUCAAGAAGCACGAGGACUUCGAUAAAGCUAUCAAUGCUCAUGAGGAGAAGAUCGCCCAGCUUCAAACCCUGGCCGACCAGCUGAUCGCUUCAGACCACUACGCCGCUGCCCCCAUCGACGACAAGCGACGACAAGUGCUCGACAGAUGGCGCCACCUCAAGGAGGCUCUUAUCGAGAAACGAUCCAGACUCGGUGACGAACAAACACUGCAACAGUUCUCUCGCGAUGCCGACGAAAUGGAGAACUGGAUCGCUGAGAAACUGCAGUUGGCCACCGAAGAGAGCUACAAGGACCCUGCCAACAUCCAGUCGAAACACCAGAAGCACCAAGCUUUCGAAGCGGAAUUGGCCGCUAACGCCGAACGCAUCCAGUCCGUUUUGGCAAUGGGCGGUAACUUGGUCCAGCGGGGGCAGUGCAGCGGCAGCGAGGAUGCUGUGCAGGCUCGGCUCGCGUCCAUCGCCGACCAAUGGGAGUUCCUCACUCAGAAGACGACCGAGAAGUCUCUCAAGCUGAAGGAGGCCAACAAGCAGCGCACUUACAUCGCUGCUGUCAAGGACCUGGACUUCUGGCUGGGGGAGGUGGAGACGCUGCUGACGUCGGAAGACUCCGGCAAAGACCUCGCGUCCGUUCAGAAUCUCAUGAAGAAGCAUGACCUCGUGGAGGCUGAUAUUGCGGCGCACGAGGACAGAAUCAACGACAUGAACGCCCAAGCGGACGCGCUGGUGGCGAGCGGGCAGUUCGACACGGCGGGCAUCGGCGCGCGGCGCGCCGCCAUCAACGAGCGCUUCGAGCGCGUGCGCAACCUGGCCAGCCACCGCCGCGCGCGCCUGCACGAGGCCAACACGCUGCACCAGUUCUUCCGGGACAUCGCGGACGAGGAGUCCUGGAUCAAGGAGAAGAAACUCCUCGUCGCCUCCGACGACUACGGUCGCGACCUGACCGGCGUCCAGAACCUUCUGAAGAAGCACAAGCGCUUGGAAGCCGAGCUGGCCAGCCACGAGCCCGCCAUACAGGCCGUGCAGGAGGCUGGUGAAAAACUGAUGGACGUGUCCAAUCUUGGCGUGCCGGAGAUCGAGCAGAGGCUGAAGGCACUCUCGCAGGCGUGGUCCGAACUCCAAGCUCUAGCAGCAGAGAGGGGCGCCAAGCUGCAGCAGUCACUGGCGUACCAGCAGUUCCUAGCCAAACUGGACGAGGAGGAGGCCUGGAUCAGCGAGAAGCAGCAGCUGGUGGUGGUGAGCGAGUGCGGCGACAGCAUGGCCGCGGUGCAGGGCCUGCUGAAGAAGCACGAGGCGCUGGAGGCCGAGCUGGGCGCGCGCGGGGAGCGCGUGCGGGACCUCGCGGCCGCCGCCGACCGGCUGCUGGCCGCCGGCAACCUGCACUCCGAGGCGCUGGCCCACCGCAUGGGGGCGCUGCAGUCAAAACUGGAGAAGCUGACCGGCCUGGCGGCCCGUCGCAAAGCCGCCCUCGUGGACAACUCGGCCUACCUGCAGCUGCUGUGGAAGGCGGACGUGGUGGAGUCCUGGAUCGCGGACAAGGAGACCCACGUGAGGUCGGACGAGUUCGGCCGCGACCUCUCCACCGUGCAGACGCUGCUCACCAAGCAGGAGACGUUCGACGCAGGUCUCGCCGCGUUCGAGCACGAGGGCAUCCAGAACAUCACGGCGCUGAAGGAGCAGCUGGUGGCGGCGCACCACGAGCAGGCGGCCGCCAUCGCGCGGCGGCACGCCGACGUGAUCGCGCGCUGGCAGCGGCUGCUGGCCGACUCCGACGCGCGCAAGAAGCGGCUGCUGCAGCUGCAGGACCAGUUCCGCCAGAUCGAGGAGCUCUACCUCACAUUCGCCAAGAAGGCAUCAGCAUUCAACUCGUGGUUCGAGAACGCCGAGGAAGAUCUGACGGAUCCAGUGCGCUGCAACUCUAUUGAGGAGAUCAGAGCUCUGAGAGACGCUCACCAGCAGUUCCAGGCAUCGCUGACAUCGGCCCACAGCGACUUCGAAGCGUUGGCGGAGCUGGACGAGCAAAUCAAGUCGUUCAACGUGGGCGCCAACCCGUACACCUGGUUCACCAUGGAGGCGCUGGUGGAGACCUGGAGGAACCUGCGCAAGAUCAUCACUGAUCGCGACAUCGAGCUGACGAAGGAGGCCCAGCGUCAGGAGGAGAACGACAAGCUGCGCAAGGAGUUUGCCAAACACGCCAACGCGUUCCACCAAUGGCUCACAGACACACGGUACCGGCUGCUAGGCUGGGACGGCACAUCGAUGAUGGAAGGCACUGGGUCGCUGGAACAGCAACUGGCUACACUGCGUCAGCGCGCCGUAGAGGUCCGCAACAGGAGAGCCGACCUCCGCAGACUAGAGGAAUUGGGCGCGGCCCUGGAGGAGCACCUGAUCCUGGACAACCGCUACACGGAGCACAGCACGGUGGGGCUGGCGCAGCAGUGGGACCAGCUGGACCAGCUGUCCAUGCGGAUGCAGCACAACCUCGAGCAGCAGAUACAGGCCAGGAACCAUUCUGGUGUAAGCGAGGACGCCCUGAAGGAAUUCUCCAUGAUGUUCAAGCACUUCGACAAGGACCGCUCCGGCAGACUGAACCACCACGAGUUCAAGUCCUGUCUCCGAGCCCUGGGCUACGACCUGCCCAUGGUGGAGGAGGGGCAGCCGGACCCCGAGUUCGAGGAGAUACUGAACGUGGUGGACCCGAACCGCGACGGCCAAGUGUCCCUGCAGGAGUACAUGGCGUUCAUGAUCAGCAAGGAGACGGAGAACGUGCACUCGUCGGAGGAGAUCGAGAACGCGUUCCGCGCCAUCACCGCGCACCAGGACCGCGCCUACGUCACCAAGGACGAGCUAUAUGCGAACCUGACCAAGGAGAUGGCGGACUACUGCGUGGCGCGCAUGAAGCCCUACGUGGACCCGAAGACCGAGCGCGGCGUGCCCAACGCGCUCGACUACAUCGACUUCACGCGCACGCUCUUCCAGAACUAGGUCCGAUGCGCACGCGCCUCUUAUUAUACGCAAACGUGUAACGUCGUCUUUCAUUCCUGAAUCAGAUUUCCUUUGUAUUUGAUUUUGUGUCUUUUUUGUGGAGUUUUGGCCUUGAAGUGUUGAUUUUAUCUUGCUUUUUGUUUGACAUUCGUUGAUUAGUUAAUUUCUGCCUAAAUUAAAAUUAUUAUUAACAGUACUGCUAACUGUUGAAGGUCAUCAAAGCGUAUGUUAACGUAACUUACGUUAACAUGAUUUGUUUGAAAAAAUAAUUUGGACUAUUUGAGAAAGGAAAAUACAAUUAGAUACUUUUAUGGCAAAACAUGUUUCAUUACAAUUCACAAUAAAGACACAAAACUGAACAUACUGAUGUGAUCGCUUAUUUAUUUUAUCUGUGCAAUUAAGGUCCGUUUCUGCAUUAAAAAAAUAUAAAGUUAUGUAGAUUUGUCAGAGAAAUUUUUCGCGCGGUUUUGGAUAUUGCGUCUGCUUUCGAUGUGAACGCCAGCAUUUUCAAAACACGCGGCCAUUUACCGUUGGUAAUAUGUUGGGGUCGAAUUCAUUUUCUCUGGACCUAGCAGAGAAAUACGAAGCUCCCAAAAUUUUGAAAUUCUAUUACGAUAUAUCUA